AGGUUCAUGGAAAGCACACGAACACACCGGCCAAUAAUGUAUCAAUCUCUUAUCCAAAACAGAGAUGGGAUAGACGGAGUCCAUCUAACAUACUCACAACCAAUAACAACCCUCCAACUCAGCCUCUCUGGUUCUUCCACCUUAUCCUCCCUCUCCACCACUAAUCCUUCUUUCACAGGAUCUAAAACCAUUCUCUCCUCCCUCUGUGUUCUCUGCUUCACACUUCAGAAGAAGAAGAAGAUCAAGAUGUCUCUCACAAUUCCAUCUAAUCUUUCUAAGCCCAUUUUGAAGCCCAAAAUUGGGUCUCAAUUGACCCCAAAAUCAGCCAAACCCACCAUCCUCUGCUCAGCCACUCAAUCCUCUGAAAAAACCUCCACAUCAAACCCACUCCAGGCAUUCUCUGCUGCUCUUGCACUCUCCUCCGUCCUCCUCUCCGCCCCACUCCCCGCAGUCGCUGAGAUCUCCGGCCUCACACCCUGCAAGGAGUCCAAGCAAUUCGCCAAGCGUGAGAAGCAGGAGCUCAAAAAGCUCGAAUCUUCAUUAAAGCUUUAUGCCCCAGAUAGUGCACCGGCUCUGGCAAUCAAGGCAACUAUGGAGAAGACCUCGAAGAGGUUCGAGAAUUAUGGGAAGUAUGGAUUGCUAUGUGGGUCUGAUGGGUUGCCUCACUUGAUUGUGAGUGGUGACCAAAGGCAUUGGGGAGAGUUUAUCACGCCCGGAAUUCUGUUCCUUUACAUUGCUGGGUGGAUUGGAUGGGUUGGGAGGAGUUACUUGAUUGCUAUUAGAGAUGAUAAGAAGCCAACCAUGAAGGAGAUCAUUAUUGACGUGCCACUGGCUUCCAGGUUGGUCUUCAGAGGGUUUUCAUGGCCUAUUGCAGCCUACAGAGAGCUUGUUAAUGGUGAACUUAUUGCCAAGGAUGUCUGACUGCAAAUUCUAAGAGAUGGGAGUAGAGAAGCUGAGGAGGGAAGAAGAAGAGGUUUCAGUUGAUGGCAGGUAGAGGUGGAGUGAUGGGAAGCUUGUUUGUACUAAAUUUGUGAUAUGUAUGUAAUGUAUGUAGUGCUUGUUGUUGACAAUGGAGAAAACUGGGAAUUGAAUUUUCUGUUCACAUUUUACCAUACAUGUCAUCUGCAAAGAACUGCAGAAAAAUUUGAUAGCUUAGUAUGAUUGAAAUCAAGGCUAUUAUCUUUGAAGUCUUA